CAUCCUCAUUUCCCAUCUCACUCCUCACUUCCCAGAGAGAGAAGAGCGAAGAGAGAAAAGCGACUAAAAACAAAAAUCACUUUUAUACAAAAUCAAUUCCAAACAAACAAUGCCUUCUUCAUCCCCCACCAUGCUUUCAAAAACCACUGUCAUCCCUGACCAGGCUUCCACUUUAGGAAACCUGAAACUCUCAGUCUCUGAUCUCCCCAUGCUUUCUUGCCACUACAUCCAAAAGGGUUGCCUCUUCACAAAACCACCUUCAUCUUCACUCCCUUCCCACACUCUCAUUCCUCUCCUCAAAUCUUCCCUCUCUAAAACUCUCUCCAACUUCCCGCCUCUCGCCGGCCGCCUCACCACCGACGAAAACGGUUACGUCCACCUCACCUGCAACGACGCCGGCGUCGAUUUCCUCCACGCCGCCGCACCUGAACUCUACAUCAGUGACCUCUUGUCCACCACCGAUGUUUCUGAAUCCUUCAAGGAAUUCUUCGCGUUUGACCGGAAGGUCAGUUAUACCGGACAUUCCUCCCCGAUUUUGGCAGUUCAGGUGACUGAACUCGCCGACGGUGUUUUCAUCGGCUGCGCCGUGAACCACGCUGUCAUCGACGGGACAUCCGUAUGGAAUUUCUUCAACACGUUUGCGCAAGUUUGUAGAGGAGCAAACAAGUGCAUCCGGAACGUCCCGGACUUCCGGCGUGACUCUGUUCUGAUCUCCGACGCGGUUCUCCGGUUGCCGGAGGGCGGUCCGGUGGUGACUUUCAACGCCGACGCGCCGAUUCGGGAGAGGAUUUUCAGUUUCAGCCGUGAAGCGAUUCAGAGGCUGAAAGCCAGAGCCAAUAACUGGCAGGUGAACGGCGGCGCCGCCAUGGAGUUGAUGAAAAAGCAAAUCAACGACCACCAUUACCCGAAUCAGAAGGAGAAUAAUGGCAAGGUGGUGACGGUUUUGGAGAAUUGGCUCAGGAGUGCGGUGAAUUCGAAACCGCAAACGGUUACGGCGACUGAAACGGUUGAGAUUUCGUCGUUUCAAUCGGUGUGCGCUUUACUGUGGCGCGCGGUGACUCGUGCGAGGAAAUUACCGGCGGGGAAGACGACGACGUUUAGAAUGGCGGUGAACUGUCGCCACCGGAUUGAACCGAAAUUGGAACCGUACUACUUCGGAAACGCGAUUCAGAGCGUGCCGACGUACGCUUCCGCCGGGGAGGUUUUGUCGAAAGAUCUACGGUGGUGCGCGGAGCAGUUGAACAAGAACGUGAAGGCGCACGAUGAUUCCAUGGUGCGGCGGUUUGUGGAGGAUUGGGAGAAGAAUCCGAGGUGUUUUCCGUUGGGGAACCCUGACGGUGCGUCGAUCACGAUGGGAAGCUCGCCGAGGUUUCCGAUGUAUGAUAACGAUUUCGGGUGGGGGAGGCCGUUGGCGGUGAGGAGUGGAAAGGCGAACAAGUUUGACGGCAAGAUCUCGGCGUUUCCGGGGAGAGAUGGAAGCGGCACGGUGGAUUUGGAGGUUGUUUUGGCGCCAGAAACGAUGGCGGGGCUUGAGGCUGAUCCAGAGUUCAUGCUAUACGCAUCGAGUCAGUUAUGACACGUGUUAAUUGAUUGAGUCGCAAUGUAACUGCCUUUGAUCACGUGAUGAUGGCAUGUACGGGUUCCAACGGAAUGGCUCCAACGGUGAUGAUUUGAUGAGGGGGUUUGAGGGGCCAGUGUGACAUGUUGUUGUGAUUUAUACAAGUGCUUCUUAUCUACUUUAAAUAACUAGUGUAUUAUGGUUGUUGUUCAUGUUUAAUUCAAAUUAACAAGUGAUUUCCUUUA